AUGGGGUGCGGACUACGAAAGCUAGAAGACCCAGAUGAUAGCAGCCCUGGAAAAAUAUUUUCUACGUUGAAGAGACCGCAAGUGGAAACAAAGACUGACUCUGCUUAUGAAUAUGUAUUGCUGGAUUUUACUUUAGAAGUGUCCUCAAAUCCAGAAGUUAUCAAGAUCAGUUCUGUGUUGGAUAUAGCAACAAAAGUGGAAGAAUAUUACAUCAAAGGAUAUGUUGUAGGAGCAAUUCAUCCUAUUAUAUUACCUGUUGGGCGAAGAAAGCACUUUCCUGCAAGUUAUUUGUAUCGAGUGGUACUAUCACGACUCAAAUUAAGCCCGAAGCAUACAGCACUUAGAAGACAAAGACACCCCAGGCUUUUGAUUGAGGAAUGUCCUUUAAUGUAUGAAACACUGACAAAUGAGGUAGUGAAAGGAAUGUUAGAAAAGGUCAAUGAAGCUGCUAAAAGAGGGAAGAAGUUUGUUGGAUUUAUAACACAGCAUUUUCCUCAACCUAAAUUCUGUAAUGGCACAAACACAGAUGGAAAUGCAGACUCUGAAUCAGCACUAGGUAUAAAGAGUAGAGAGCACAGGAAAUACAAUUAUGACGAAAACUAUAAAAACUGGAAUGAAGGGACUUUGAGUGGUCAGUCAUCUGAGAGUGGAAUAGAGGAAGAAAUUCAGCCAGAAAGGGGACAGUUACAGGAUGCUGAUUUCUCCAGCCCUACUAAACCAAGAAAAGGAGAAGCUAACACAAAUAAAUUAUAUACAGUCUUCAAUGUUUUUGAUGAUGACUCAACCUGCUGGACCUAUCAUGAGGGCAUUUUGUCUAUGAAAGUAACAAGAAAAGGGGCAGUCAUUAGUACUCUGGAUGCAGAUUGGCUAGAACUAACCACAUUUUAUUAUAAACAAGGAUUGUCAUUAAUUGAUUCUUUUGUAUCCUGGGAAACUUCUAAAGGAGACCACAUGACCAAAUCUUUAGAAGGAUUAUUUAUAUAUGAAGAAGGUGGUUCAGGAGUUCCAGGUUCUAACAGGAAAGGAAAUGACACAAUAGUUGUAGAACAAUGGACUGUCAUUGAGGGAUGUGAAAUUAAAACUGAUUAUGGACCUUUACUGCACACGCUGGCUGAGUUUGGAUGGCUUCUUACAUGUGUACUGCCUACACCGAUCAUCCGACAUGACAGUGAAGGAAAUCUGGCCACAAAGCAAGUUGUUUUCCUUCAGAGACCUGUUAUGUGGAAUUCAACUACCCAGACUCCAGAGAAAAAAUCCACAAGACAGCUCAGAAGUGACGAGAAAGGCAAAGUCUCUAGCAGAAGUAUUGGAUUAGACACAGCUACGUCUCACCCUGCAGAAAGUGGGCAUCCACCUGAUGAGUUUCAUCUGUCUCCUUCUAAACCAUGUUGGAUCAAGGAGGGAUCUGCCCAAUAUGAAAGCUUCUCAGGAUUCAAUAGCAGCGACAGUGUGUUAAGGGAAAUGGAUGAUGGACAGUUCGAGCAGGAAGAUGGAGCCACUCAGGUCACGUGUAUGUGA